CAGCAGGACACAGCUCUGACUGAAGGCAGGGCAGCAAGGUGUCCACUGUGCUUUAUGGCAUGGGAUGCACUUCUCCAAGAGAACAACACCCCAGCCAGGCCCGGAACUACCACCCCAGUCUGGGAGUCUUUGAGGGCUACCUGCUACCUUCGUUAUCCCCCAGCCUGCUUGCCAAGGAGCUCAUUCUGAGCUAGACAUUGUGUUUCUGGCCAUAAAAGAGCAAGAGAGGAAUUGGCAGCAGUAACCUCUUCGAGGCACAGCAGACCCCUCCAGGAUUCUGUUCUCUCCAGCCAGUCUUUAUCGCUCAGGUUUCUGUGGGAGCCAUGGCAGCAGUACCUGAACUGGCCAGGGAACAGAUGGAGUACUACAGUGAUGAGAAUGACCUGCUCUUUGAGGUCGAUGGCCCCAGACAGAUGAAGUGCUGCUUCCAAGACGUGGACCUUGCCUGUCUGGGCAACGAGGGAAUCCAGCUGCAAAUCUCCCACCAGCUCUUCAACAAGAGUUUCCGGCAGGUGGUGUCCGUCAUCGUGGCUGUGGAGAAGAUGCGGAAGAUGCCAAUUCCCUGCUCACAGGUCUUCCAGGAUGAUGACCUGAGGAGCCUCUUUUCCUUCAUCUUUCAAGAAGAGCCUGUCUUCUGCACAUGGGAUGAUGAUUAUGUGUGUGAUGCGCCCCCACAAUUCCUGAACUGCAAACUCCGAGAUAUAGACCAAAAGUGCCUAGUGCUGUCUGGCUCAUAUGAGCUGCAGGCGCUCCACCUCAAUGGACAGGAUGUGAACCGACAAGUGGUGUUCUGCAUGAGCUUUGUGCAAGCAGACGAAAAUAACGACAAGAUACCUGUGGCCUUGGGUCUCAAGGAGAAGAAUCUGUACCUCUCCUGUGUGAUGAAAGAAGGCAAGCCUACCCUGCAGCUGGAGAUGGUGGACCCCAAGAAGUACCCAAAGAGGAAGAUGGAAAAGCGCUUUGUCUUCCACAAGACUGAAAUCAAAAACAAGGUGGAAUUUGAGUCAGCCCAGUACCCCCACUGGUACAUCAGCACCUCCCAAGCAGAAGAAAUGCCUGUCUUCCUAGGAAGCACCAGAGGCGGCCAGGAUAUAACUGACUUCACCAUGGAAAUCUCUCCCUAAAGAGGGCGGUGCCCAUAGAGUCAACGUGUGCUGAAUCACCCCAGGGCUGGCAGAAGGGCGGUGGAAGGGUUUGAACAAAGCUGCAGGCCGAACUUCACUGUAGUCUAGUCAUGACCCUCUGCCUUCCCUGUAUUAGUGCUACCGAUACCUGCCCAGCCGGGAGGAGCCGCCCCCUCCUCCCAGAGCCAAUCCCUGCGGAGCCGGGUCCCUCUUACCCCUCCCACUCCCUCAAAGCCAGCCUGGCGGAAUCCUUGGUUCAAAGAGGCCUUCUCUUCUUUGUGCUCAGCUUCUGAUGAGCGACCGCUUAACUAUUUAUUUAUUUAUUUAUUUGAUGGGUUAGUCUAUUUAAUUUAAUUCAAGGCAGCCAAGAAGCAGCAGGUACCUGUGAAGGAACCCAGCCUUCAGGAGCUGUGGAACCGAGUCGCUAUGGACUCCUGGGCCAUCUUUCCAUCAAGCUCCUUCACCACGGCUGAAAGUCUAUGUGCUCAGAGGGCUUGAACAGAGGUAUUUGUGAGUGAAGAAGUACGAUCACACUGCUUCAAUGAUUCUGAAAUAAACUUUACUGAAAAAAAAUUGUU